AUGUUUAAGCCGCCGAGAGCCGAGUUCAGAGCACGCUCUGCACUCUUGAGGCUAAAGCAAGAUAAGCGUGACGUGCACGCUUACGCACAGCACCUGCGCUACCUUGCAAGUAGCGUUACGGAGAACCCUGUUGGUGAGCAUAAGCUCAUCAACGUGCUCAUCUACGGCCUUGUUGAUGGGCCGGUGAAGACCUACAUGUUCCAAGAGGACUUACAUACGCUGGAAAGGGCGAUAGCUUAUGCGGAACAAGAAGACUUCAGCCUGAUACAGUCUCAGGCUAGCUCGUCCAACUAUGGUCCGACGAGGUGA